AACACCCUUCCCUCGCCUCCCUCACCUCCCCCACCCCCGUCAACAACCUCCCCCGACAAAAACUACGGCAUCGCCUACUCCCCCUACACCGCAGAGGGGACCUGCAAACCCGCCACGCAAAUCACCCACGACCUCGCCCAGCUCACCAGCUACGCCCUCGUCCGCAUCUACGGCACCGACUGCGACCAAACCCGCCUCGUCCUGGCCGCGGCCCGGGGCCUCGGCCUGCAGGUCUUCGCCGGCCUCUUCGACCUCCGCCACUUCACCGACGAUCUGGCGCUCAUCAUCGCCGCGGUCGGCGGCGACUGGGGCCGGAUCCACACAAUCGCGAUCGGGAACGAACUCCUCAACAGCGGCCAGAACACCGCCGCCGAGGUGGUGGGCGCCGUGCAGGCGGCGCGCGCCACGCUGCGUGCCGCCGGGUACCCCGGCCCCGUCGUGGCGGUCGACACGGUGGCGGCGCAUCUGGCCAAUCCCGCCGUGUGUGCGGCGAGUGAUUAUUGCGCGGCGAACUGUCAUGCGUUCUUUGAUGAGGAGGUCGAGGCUGCCGGCGCGGGGGCGUUUGUGAGGGGCCAGGUGGGGAAGCUACUCGAGAUGAUGGAGGGGGAUGGGGAUGGGGAUGGUGAUACGAGUAAACGCAAGAAGGUGGUUAUCACGGAAAGCGGAUGGCCGCAUGCUGGCCAGGCGAAUGGGAAGGCCGUGCCCUCGUUGGAGAAUCAGCGCGCUGCGGUGCGGAGUUUGAGGGAGGCGUUUGCGCGGUCUGGGCUGGUGCUGUUCUCCUCGUUCGAUGAUCUCUGGAAGGUGGAUAAUGGGUAUACCUUUGGGGCGGAGAAGUUCUGGGGGAUC